AAAAAAAAAAUCCUCUGAGGAAGAGAUGCUCGCCUGACAUCUCUUUUUUCUUUCUUUUUUUUUUUCUAAAUCUCCUAUCAAAGACUUUUUUCUAUUUUGUGUUUGUCUGUGGAUGCUUCUCUGUUUAAUCCAGCCUCACUCUACUUUUGUUGCUACCUGUGGAGGUUCCUUGGUUCCCCGGUUCUUCUUCAGCCCUGCGGAGCGGCACCAUGCUGGGAUUGGACGUGUGCGAGUUCGGGGGUCAGGUGCUGGAGCUGCUGUGGCUGACAAUGUGCUACAGAGGUCUGAUGGCUGAUAAGAAUGAUUUGCCUAUCGAGGACGAAGAGGAUGAGCGAAACCUCAACUACAAUCCUCCAGCGCAGAAGUCGCUGCAGGAGAUCCAGGAGCUGGACAAAGACGACGAGAGUCUGGUGAAGUACAAGCAGACGCUGCUGGGGCCAGAAGCCAUGAUGGCAGACCUCUCUGGACCGAAUGUCAAGGUGACCAGACUGACCCUGCUGUGUGAUGACGCCCCUGAACCAAUCACCAUGGACCUGACAGACCUCUCUGGACCGAAUGUCAAGGUGACCAGACUGACCCUGCUGUGUGAUGACGCCCCUGAACCAAUCACCAUGGACCUGACAGGAGACCUGAGCGCUCUGAAGGAGAAGAGCUUCACCUUACAGGAUGGAGUGAAAUACAGACUAAAGAUACACUUCAAGGUGAACAGAGAAAUCGUAUCCGGCCUGAAGUACCGUCAUGUGACCUACAGGAAAGGAGUAAGAAUGAACAAGGUAGUGUGCAUGGUGGGAAGUUACGGACCUCGGGCGGAGGAGCAGGAGUUUCUAUGCCCGUCUGAUGAGGCGCCCAAAGGCCUGAUGUCCCGCGGCCAGUAUCAGAUCAAGUCUUGCUUCAUCGAUGACGACAAGAAUGUCUACUUAUCCUGGGAGUGGAACCUCAACGUCAGCAAGGACUGGAAUUAACGCAGUGUGUGAGGGAGAUGAUGCUUCUCUCUUCCCUUCUUUCACACCUGUCCUCCAUCCUCUCUCGUCCUCCCCCUCUCUCACCCUCUUCUUCUUCUUCCUCCUGUGAGAGCAGCCUUGCACUGGCCAAGAACAGGUAGCUCUCCUCCUCUUCCUUCUCCUCUUCCUCCUUCUUCCUCCCAUCUUCUACCCUUUCUCCUCCUGGUCUGUUUAAUGCACUAAAUGCAGGCCUCGUGAAACCCGACUGGGACUUUGAGAGAAGAGAAUCCCCGUCUCUUUCUGCCUUUUGUUCCUGCGUUACAACUACAUCUGCAUCCGAUCAAUCCUGAAUUAUUAUGAAGUCUCCCUCUUCUAUUACUUUCAGUUCCUCUCAGCCUUCCUCCUCAUCAUGUCAUAUAUACACAGUGAGCUUAGUCAGUUUAAGGCGCAAAGAGAAACAG